AAAGCAUGUGAUAAAAAAGAUCUGACACUCGUUGUCAUUUCAUACCAUAUUUUAUUAAGCUCGUCCAGGAAAUGAUAUGAUAUGACAACUCGUGCCAGAUCCUAUAGCCUACAUAGCUCUAUAAAUAAUAAAUACAUAUUUAACUGUGUGGUAAUGAUUCUACUAUAUAAACAUCAUUUCGACAAUUCCGAAAUUUAAACAGAUCUGAGACGCAUUUUCUUUAAAACAGUUGGAAACAAAAACAACCAGUACUUAUGUCAUCUUUGCAGACGUGACCGAAUUUAUUCUGUAGACGGCACGGACCGAUACAAAGAAAACAACAAAGAACUUUAAAUCAUGUAUCGAUAGACUACAACGAACUGAGCGACCGAACCGGAGAUGAAAUCGACCAAUCAGAAAACAGCCACGAUGAAAACUCCUCCGUAUCGAAUAUACUCGUUGUCUCGAAGCGAGCAUGGUUAAAUUUAGUACGACUGCCGAAGUAGACGCACAUGUGUUUAGAGCGAUAGAGCGAAUCUAGUUGGGAACGAAGUGAACAAAGAGAACAAAUAAAAUUUUGUAAUUGUGUGGAUUUAUAAUGACAUAUACAGAAAAUCAACAACAUAUGGAGCAAGCAAAUACGAAAGUGACAACUAUAGGAAAAGCCGUGAAAAUGAGCCUUAUGCAAGCUAUGGAGCAGGACCGGAUCAUCUCCGGGAUCUUCCGCUGCGUCGACAUACUCGAGAGGGACGCUGACAGCGUGAUGGUUUGCAUACUUCCGGUUGGAAAAGGCAAGGACGCCUCCUUGCGGAUUCAGCACACACUGAUCGAGGCUUUUUGCAGAGAAAAUGAUGUUCGUUGUUUAAAGGUUGACUGCCCCACCAAAAUUUCAACGAUUUUCACGUCUGCUGCGAGCAAGGACCAAAAAGACCGCGCACAAUCGGCCGACUUCAGUUGUCUACUGGUGAUGCACGCGCGGUCACCUAGCAACGACGACCAGUUUGUCAGCGACUACUGCGAGAACUUCAUGCUUGGCGGAAUCGUUCCGCAUGGCUGCGUCGAGAUACCGAUUUGAGCCGUGAUGUCACUUCCUUUCUUGCGCAAGGAUAUGACUUAUUCUCAGCCCGAGAAUUCGCUAGAACACCAGUUACAUCACUUGAUGAUCAGGUUAUUCUAGUGCGGAAUUCUGUGGAGAAGUAACACUUGGAAGAGUUCCAGGUUGUACGCAGACGUUCCAACGACAACGAAGGCAAUGUCAGAGACUGGAGCAAUUUUGGGAGAACAAUCUUUUUGCGGACUGACCUUCAAAUGCCGGGCAACAUCUUGUGGAACUUAGCGCUGGGGCCGUGAUAUUUGAAACCCUGUCUUGUCUACAGUGGACGCGCAAAACAUAGUUUUCCAGCGCGGAAAUUAAAUCGUCCAGUAAAGGAAUUGUCUAAUGAAAAAAAACUGUUUAAAAAAAACUGUUUUGCCUUGAUGACGAUUCUUGACAAACAUUGACGGAAAUGUACGAACACUGACGAAAAUGUUCUUAUAAGUUCGGAGCCUUCCAAUAGAUGGAUAGUUUCCGAAAAGACCUCUAAGAUCUUCGUAUGAACGGGUGGUUGAUGAACUUUGAAAUCAGUAAUCGGGAUUUGCGGUACAAAUGCGGAACACUCCGAACGUUCCGGAACAAAAUAACGGAAACUGCCGAUCACGGAAGCGUACAAUAUGACCUCGGAAUAUGAUAUUCUGAGUUCGAUAUUAUCGGUCGCAUACUGCUCGAAAAUAGUGACAUUUGUAUGGGAUAAACUUGUUAUUGAGAAUGGCAUUGACAUUUCCCGCAUGCUAUUAUACAGUAUUACUUGAUUGAAGGAAUACCCUUUUGAUGACUUUUUGGGGGAAAAUGUUCUAAUAUGUUCAUAAGCUUUGCUAAUGCAAAGGUCAUUGGAACGCUAUGACAUUACAUAUUGUUUUGUUAUUUUAUGCGUGUUUUUAACCUACCAAUGAUUGAAUGAAAAAACAUUCCGCUUCUGUUGUAUUUUUCUCAGUAAUUCUUAAACGGACUGUUUUUGCACAUGUAAAUGAUGUUGUAUAUUAGUACCAGUUAAGUUUAUUUAUGUUUUGCUUAUCAUCAAUAUUUGCACAUGAACCCCAUAUACUUGGGUGUUUAGUCUAAUUAAUUGAAUUCUGACUGUUCGAUAUAACAAUAAAGCUAUAGUGACUUUGA